ACCGUGUAUAAUUUAUCCCUAGUUCAUUUAGCGGUUAUCUUAGGAAUUAAUUCAGUCUUUACUCUUUAAAAUGUGUAGUUAUGUACCAAAAGCAACAACAAAAGUAGAAGUAGUGAGUGAGAUGCGGAGGGAGUUGAGUUGCUAACUGCCGGAACACAUGGGCUUAAGGCUGGAUAAUGCUGCUCCUUCCUGCUCUGCUGGAAGAGACCCUGCUGGAAAGACCACGCUGACACUGCCCUCCACAUGUGAACACCAUGGGAGGGGAGGCGUAUGCCACAAUGCACACCUGCCGUGCCCAUUCCCAACCAUAGCCAACCCCCUGUCGUCUUCCGCUUCAAAAAAAAAAAAAAAACUGGCUCAUCCACAGCAAAGCCAGCCACGGGCAUCUCUUCCAGCUAGGAACUUGGAGGAUCGAUGCUUUCUUUGUCACAAAGCAAAACCAGUCAGCAGCACUCUGUCUCAACUCUCAUCCCUCCCUCCCUCCGUUUUAUUUCAGUCUAGGCUCCAAGCUGGCAUUUCGGAUCCAUCAAUCAAUUUGGCAGGCACCGUGCAACAAGAAAACUUAGAGACGCUGUAGAGGAUCUCAUCUCCACCCCGUUGUUGCCAUUGCCGGUGCUACUAUAGAGGAGGAGUAUAUCUUUUUGGUUGAUGCGCGGGACGCAAUGGCGCCGCCGCCGCCGCCCCCUUCCUCCGCUCCGACCAAGAAUCGCAUCAGGUGGCUGCGAGGCAACAAGAAGGUGGUCGACAGGUACCUCGGCGAGGCGCGGGCGGCUCUCGCUGCGGCGGCGCAGGACACCGAGGAUGCGGACGACGCGGCGGCGGCGGCGCUCGGCCUGGUGACCGUCGCCCUGGAGAUGUCGCCGCGGGCCGAGGCGGCGCUGGAGCUCCGGGCGCGGGCGCUCCUCGCGCUCAGGCGCUACCGCGACGUCGCCGACAUGCUCUGCGACUACAUCCCCAGCUGCUGCGCCAAGUCGUGCUCGGCCGACGACGCCACCACCGCCUCGUCCUCCUCAUCCUGCUCGUCUGGCUCCGGGGCAGAUCUCCUGUCACCGGACCACGACCGCCCCGACGCUGGCCGCUUCCUGUGCUGCCUCGACGUGUCCGGCCUCAAGCGCCGCCUGGUCGCCACCUUCUCCAGCAUCCACGCCCACCAGUGGAGGUACUUGGUCCUGGGCCAGGCUUGCUUCCACCUCGGCCUGAUGGAGGACGCGUUGGUGCUUCUCCAAACCGGUCGCCGCCUCGCCUCCGCGGCGUUCCGGCGCGAGAGCGUGUGCUGGUCGGAGGACAGGUUCCCGCCCCCGUCGAACCUGCUGGCGCCCGCCAAUACAAGGGCGGAGUCCGUGUCGCAGCUGCUGGCGCACGUGAAGCUGCUCCUCCGCCGCCGCGCCGCCGCGGUGGCGGCGCUGGACGCCGGCUUCCCCGGCGAGGCCGUGCGCCAUUUCAACAAGGUGCUCGACACGCGCCGCAGCGUGCUGCCGCACCCCUUCGCCACGGCCUGCCUCGUGGGCCGCGCCGCGGCGUUCCGCUCGGCGGGGCGCCCCGCGGACGCCAUCGCGGACUGCAACCGCGCGCUGGCGCUGGACCCGGCCUAUAUCCCAGCGCUGCGCGCGCGUGCCGACGUGCUGGAGUCGGUCGGGGCGCUUCCGGACUGCCUCCGGGACCUCGACCACCUGAAGCUCCUGUACGACGCCGCGCUCCGGGACGGCAAGCUGCCAGGCCCGUGCUGGCGCCCGCAGGGCGGCAUCCGGUUCGCGGAGAUCGCGGGCGCGCACCGCACGCUCACCGCGCGCAUCCAGCAGCUCCGCGGCCGCGUCGCCGCCGGCGUCGACUACUACGCACUCCUCGGGGUGCGGCGCGGGUGCACGCGGUCGGAGCUGGAGCGCGCGCACCUGGUGCUGACGCUGAAGCUGAAGCCCGAGCGGUCGGUGUCGUUCGCGGAGAGGAUGGAGCUCGUGGACGAGCACCGGGACCUGGAGGCGGUGCGCGACCAGGCGCGCAUGUCGGCGCUGUUUCUGUACCGGAUGCUGCAGAAGGGCUACUCGUUCAUCAUGUCGGCGGUGCUGGAGGAGAGAGGCAAGGACGCCGCUGCCACGGCAGGGCCGGAGGAAGAAGAAAAAGAGGUGGUGGCAACAGUGCAAGGGAGUGCCACUGCAAACGGUGGCAACAUGCCUAUGGCGACUGCAGCCACACCACCAUUGAUCCCGCCGUUCCAUGGCGUGUUCUGCCGCGACAUGGCGGUGGUGGGCACCCUGCUGUCCCGAGGCGGGUUCGACCGUCCGAUUCCGGUGAAUUGCGAGGCAAUGAGCUGCUGAUAUGAUGAACUUUGCUCUAGUGGCUGAUUUGUUUCGGAUUAAAA